AGCGUUUGACGUUUGUUUGGUCAGCUGACAGCCGGUGAUAAGUAAGUAACUCUACUCGUGAAAAUUGUGUUAUCAGCAUCUGCAAAAAUGUCAGAACGUUUUUUGACCGACGAAGAGCUUGCUAAGGCUUGUCAUGAGCCAGAUGAAUCAACGAAGGAAUUCAUUAUGCAACAGACAAUGUACAGAAUUAAAGACCCUAAAAGAUCUUUGGAGUUCUACACAAAUGUUCUGGGCAUGAGGUUGCUCCAGCGUUUUGACUUCCCUGCCAUGAAAUUCUCACUGUAUUUCAUGGGUUAUGAAAAGGCAGAAGACAUCCCAUCUGAUGGCCAGGAAAGAGUGAAAUGGACAUUUACCAGACCUGCUACAAUUGAACUUACCCAUAACUGGGGAACUGAGAAAGAAGAAGGGGAGCCUUAUCAUAAUGGCAACUCAGAUCCUAGAGGAUUUGGUCAUAUUGGAUUAAGUGUCCCUGAUGUUUACAAGGCAUGCGAGAGAUUUGAGAAAAUGGGUGUCAAGUUUAUUAAAACACCUGAUGGAGGGAAGAUGAAAGGGUUGGCAUUUAUUCAAGAUCCUGAUGGAUAUUGGAUUGAAAUUCUAAGUGCGAACAACAUGUCACGUGAUGUCAAAGCAUAGCCAGAAAUAUG